AAACAAACAAAUGUGCCUAACCUCAGAGGAAUAAGUAAACAUAUUCCUCUGAGUACCUACCUAACUAUUUUAUUCAUAUUCAUAUUAAAAAAUUGACAACUGGAAACUUUCUUAACAAUACGGAUUACUGUGGAUAUAAGAAACAUGGAUUUAUUUGCAUUGGUAAGAGAAAAAUUUCACGAAGAAGUACCCUUGUACUUAAAAAAUAUUCUUAAACAUUCAGGAUAUGAUAAUAGACUUUCAUUAGCAGGUAUAACAGAAAAAGAAAUAAAUCAAAUUGAGCUUUUCGCAAAAACCCAAUUAAAAUAUAUUUUACUUAAAAAAUCAAAUGUCAACUAUGAGGAAUUUUAUCAUCUUUAUAAUGAAAACAUCGAAGACUUUAUCAUUUUACCCGGACAUAAAAAAUUAUUAUUAGCAAUAGGUGAAAUGUGUGCAGAAGAAAACAAUAAAAUGAAAUUAAAAGAGUCUUUCUUCAGUGAUGACUAUAACGCAAAAAGGAGGAAAAUUUCAAAUCUGCCUAUUCCCAUUGCAUCUGAAGAUUUAGGUUCAGAUGCAUGCGAGAGUAUCAGUGGGGACAAAUCAGGGGAUUCUGUGAAUUCACAAGAAGAAUACAAAUAUGUGUAUGAUAUAUGCUACCAGUGGAUUAAGAAAUUCAGUGAUACUUUGUCAGAGUCAGAACAAAACAAAGUUAUUGAGACAUUACAUCGUUUAGAAAUAAAGAUUUCCUCAGCAUCGCCAGAGGAUACUGUAUAUUACGCAUAUAUAAAGUGUUGCAUUUGUCAAACUGAAAUAAAGACACAGAAAAGAAUAAGGAGAGAAGGCAAUUCUACUUGGCUCAUUUCCAAUUUUUAUAAGCAUUUCAAAUUUCAUUUCUCGGAGAAACCUGCUUCAUCUGAGAGAAAGGUGGGAAAUUUACUUAGAUCUCAAUCCAAAAACCUACAUUCCUCAUAUACAGAGGAGGAAAAUGAUAGCUUAACAUAUGAAGAAGUAAGCUUGGCUGAAUAUGAAAAUAAUUUUAAACAGGAAAUGCAGGACUGAUAUAAAGGUGUCAAGAAUGGUAGUUUUGUAUUUAAAAACUUCUCUAGAUUUGAGUAUUAAUCAGAUUUCCUUCACAUUCUUCAAAUUUUUUUGUCAGUACCUACUGAAUUUUGAUGUCAAUAAAUGAACGAAUGAAGGAAAAAUAAAGGAAAUAUCAUAUGAAUGAGAAAAUAAAACAGAAUUGACAAGUAUACUGGGUGUACAUAUAUUGCAUGGUCAUUAUUAUAUUAGAAAUUUGGUAUGAUGUUUCAAGUCAUUUUCCAGUACAGGUAGCUGUGCAAAUCUAAAUUAUAGUCUUUCUGAAGUCAGUUGAAUAUGUAUGAAAACGCCUAGCAAUAAAAUUUAAUGAGUUUCAUAGGCGUCCC